CACGCCCCCUAACAGUCCCUCGGCUUCCGCGCGCCUGGCCCGUGCGGGGCCCUCCCUCUCCAUCCGCCUCGGUGCAUCGAUCCCGGUGGCCCGGCUCAGCGCCUCGGGGCGGGUCCCUGUCGCCCGCACCUGCCCCCGGGGGCGGAGCGCAGCAGCGACAGCGCGGCCCCAGCCUCCUCCACACGCCAAGCUAGCGGCGGACCUGCCGCUCAUCGCGGUCGGGGUGAAGCUCUCUGUCUCCGCGCCCUCGGUCCCUUGUCACUUCGGACAAGCGGUCGGUGUCUCCUCGGGGAUCUGCAGCCCCGGCGCCAUGGAGCCGGCCCUGGGCAGCGAGCGCCGCAGCCCCCCUGGCCCCGGAGCUCCGCGACCACCACCGCGGGGCCACGCGCCCUCGACCACCGCCCCCGCCCCUAGCCCGGCCCCGGUGAGCUCCUCAGUGCAGCCGGACGAGGAGCGGCAGCCGCGGAUCAGCGAGAGCGGCCAGUUCAGCGAUGGGCUGGAGGAUCGAGGUUUACUAGAAAGCAGCACCCGGCUGAAACCUCACGAAGCCCAGAACUACAGGAAGAAGGCAUUGUGGGUAUCCUGGUUCUCCAUUAUUGUCACCCUGGCCCUGGCAGUGGCUGCCUUCACUGUCUCCGUCAUGAGGUACAGCGCCUCUGCCUUUGGGUUUGCAUUUGACGCCAUCCUGGAUGUGCUGUCCUCGGCCAUUGUCCUCUGGCGUUACAGCAACGCAGCCGCCGUGCACUCUGCUCACAGAGAGUAUAUAGCCUGUGUCAUCUUGGGGGUGAUCUUUCUUCUGUCAUCUAUCUGUAUAGUGGUCAAAGCCAUCCAUGAUCUUUCGACAAGGCUGCUCCCUGAAGUGGAUGACUUCCUGUUCAGUGUCUCCAUUUUAAGUGGGAUCCUCUGCAGCGUCCUGGCUGUGCUGAAGUUUAUGCUGGGGAAGGUCUUGACAAGCAGAGCUCUCAUCACAGAUGGGUUCAACUCCCUUGUCGGGGGAGUGAUGGGCUUCUCCAUUCUCCUGAGUGCAGAAGUGUUCAAACACAACGCGAAAGUCUGGUACCUGGAUGGCAGCAUCGGUGUCCUGAUCGGCCUCACCAUCUUUGCCUAUGGGGUCAAGCUCCUCAUCGACAUGGUGCCCCGAGUGAGACAGACGCGUCACUACGAAAUGUUUGAGUGAAGGCGGCUGAAGGGGCGGCAGGGAUGGCCCCGGGGAAGAACGUCACCAUGGCGACGAGAGGUUUCCACGAAGGCAGUUGGUGCCAAUAUUUAACUGCACAUCCAGUUUCAUUUGGGGAAGUUUUCGUUCAUAGAGUCUGUCAUCACGGGAUGAGGUCGGCCUGGAGGCUGCGCCUGCCCUACGUCUUUACUCUGUUGCCCACUGUCAAACACGUUAGGACGAUACUGACCAUGGGAAGGGCUGCCGCGCUUCCCAAUCUUGAGCCGGAAGUGACAUUUUCUAUUUCCUGGGGUCAAACAGUUCUUGAAAGCAGGCUUGGGUCUCUGCUUGAUAGGAAGCCACCUGUGGCGUUUACUGUCAGCCAAAACCAGAUAGUAGCUGACCGAGUCACCGCCAACCAGAUAGUAACUGACCGAGUCACCUCCCACACGCGGCCAAGGCGCCUCCAGGGUCACACUCCUCUCUCCUUGCAGCAAAUCCCCUCCUAACGUGAACCAACCCAUUUCAUACACUUUUACUAAUCUUGACACUAAGAAGAUUUGUUCAGAGGGAGGCCAUUCUAUUUUUUCAAGUGUUUAGUGGCAGACCAAUGAGCUUUGCAUGGACAGGCUGCGUAAGCACCCAGCCCUUUCUUCCACGUUCAGAACCUGCCCAUCCAUGAAAACCCAGGAACCAUUUUUGAGAGAUGUGAAACUCUAUACAUUUAUUUGUAAUAAAUAAUUAUAAUCAUUACCUGCAUCCGCAUAUCUCUGUAUGUUGUGCUAAGUGGUCAAGCUGCCACACGGUCUGUGAGAAGUAGGUCACUCGUCCAGAAGGAGCGAGAUGUGUCCCAGCUUACGGAACGUGAGGUGUAAGUGCUGCAGACAUGUACCCUGUGCCACCGUGUUCUGUAGCUGGCACAGCCCUGCCCAGCGGGGCAGCCGUGUCAGGCCAAUAAAAACCUUUACAAUUUGUAUGGUAUAGAGAGGUUGUAUGUGUGAGCUGUUAGUGUUUGUGCCAACAUGUACGCAGUAAACAUUGUGAGCAGGCUCUCUCUCGUGCUCUCUCUGUGGGGGGUGUGUGUGUGCGUGCUAUCACUCUUAUUCCCCAGGAAACCAGAUCUCUCCCUGAGUCUGGAGCUAGGCUGGUGUCCAGAAAGUCCCAGAGGUUCUCCUGGCUCAGCCUCCCCCAGUUCUAGGGUCUCAGGCAGAUGCGGUCAAGCCCUGCUUGAAUGUUGGGGAUUUGAACACAGAUCCUCAUGCUAG